AUGAUCAAGUGGUUAUCGGGAUCAAGAUUGAAGACUCUUACAGAAAACGAAUCUCCUUCGCCGUAUACAAACGAUCCAUUAGCUGUGAUAACAGGAAUCGGUCCAGGUGAUGGAAAAUGUCACAUAUAUUCCGUUAGCAGAGUCAAUCCACUUUUCAAAGAAGAAAAUAAUAUAGAUUUAACAUUGAAAGCUCACUCCGAUGAAAGUUCCGAUCAGAGAUUAUCCCCUAGGAAAUCCAUCAGUUCCGGAUAUGAAAGUAGAUUCAAUUCAUCAUCAGAUAGUAGCAGUUGUACGGAAUGCGAUGAUAAACACUUCAAAAAACCCAUUGCCUCGGUGAAAAGAGAAAAAAGAUUGACGAAACAAAGUAAAACCGAGAAAAAAAAAAGAGGAGAUUACGAUAAAUGGGAAAACGUUUCCUCUAAUCAGAUAUACGAAGAAGAAGAACAAGAAAAAAAUAAUUCGUCCAAUCUUAAACGUAGAUCGAGAAGAAUUAAAAAUGGUACUACCACGGGUCCUCCUUCCAAUCUUAGUCCGAUUCCCGAGGGAAAAGUCGAUUGCUCAAUACCUCCACCCAUAUGGCCAAGAGUUAAAAACGAUGCUACGAAAAUUAACGACGAUGUUUGCGUGGAUAUCGAAGAACGACCUAGCAGAACAUACCAUAAUGGUACCACGAAUCCCGUUAAUUUUAUAUUUAAAUACAACGAAAGGUACCCAACGGGUCGUUAUGAAAGAACUAGAAUGUUUGAAAAACAUUGCUUCGGUAAAAAAACAAAUUUCUCAAAUGGAUUCUCUUCGAUAAAAACGGAAUACGAACAUAAUUGGGUGGAAUGUUGCCAAAAUCAGUGUGGGGGUCCGAGUUGUUUUCAAGAUAUCGAAGAUAGCGAUAAAAACGUUAUUAAAAUAUUACAUUCGGAAAAUUCAUUGGAAAACCUACCGAGGAUUAGUAAAAACGAACUCGCCGAAGAAGUACUUAGAGAUUUAGCAAAUUUAAUUGCGUUUGCCAUGAGCAGUAGAAAUUCACUCUCGCUCGGAAAUCUAUUGAAAAGUUUAGCGGAUUCAAUUCAAAAAAGUUUAGAUGCUUUUUCCCAAGCCAAAACGGACGAAGAUUUAAGGAUUUUAUCGGAAAAUUUACACAGGAAUAAAUACCUGAGUAAAAUUUUAUCCGCUUUAUUAAAUCACGAAGGCAUACAAAAUAUUUUCAUACCCAGAUCGAACGACGAUUACGAUGAUGAUAAAAACGAAAUCGAAUCAUCCGGAACAAGUCGAGAUUUGGAAAAAUAUACUAAAAAAAAAUCUAUAAGAAAAUCAAAUCAAGAAUUAAAUUCUUAUAAAUUAAAUAGUUCUAAAGAUGAUAUUUAUAGUAGCGGUAGCGAGGGGAAAAACAGUACAUCAUCCAGCAGCGGUUGCAAAGACCUUUACAUGAGUAGCAAUAGCAGUAGUAGUGCCGGUAAAGAUAACGUAUUUAGUGCUAGUAGUAGUUCGGAUUCGACCGUCGAUAGGGAUAAACCGGACGAUCCUUCUUCUCCCGAAAUCGUCAAAAAAGAAACAGAAAAAGAAGGAAAAUGUCCGGGGGAUGAUGAUGAUGAUAAUAUUUUGAAAAGAAUUCAUCACGAGCACGAUUUUUCAUCAUCGUCGGGUGAAAGUGCUUUCGGUUCAUCGGAUAUAUCACCUCCGCCAUCGGAUUCCUCUUCGGCUAAAGACAUAUUAAACCCGGUGUUCCUCCACGAGGAUAUAUACAGUGUUCCAAAAAGCAUGAGAAAUGCAAUUAUCGGAAAAAGUUUGGGUGGUAGAACUAAAAACGCGGAUUGUGAUUCGGUUCGAAAUUGUGGGAGCAGUGCUUUUGAAAAAUUAAUAAGCGCAAAAAGGAAAACGAGUCAUGAUAGUUGUCAAUUGGACGACAUUGGUCCGUUAUCGUCUUACAUAGACGAAGGAAAAACUCGACUCUCGACAGCGAUAACAUCCGCCAAAGUUGACAACACCAUUUUAAAGAAAGUUGAACAUCCAUAUUACAGUAAUGAAUUUAACAUAACUUUCGUGCUCGUAAUUGCUAGAAAAAUAAGUUAA